AUGACCGCCUCAACCGACUACUCUCCGAGAGGUCCUCUUCAUCAUGAGGUCAACCCUCACCAGCACAACAACACCAAUACCGACGAAAGCAACACCCAACAUGACGAAAACCAAACAAGCAAAAUCCCCCUCCGAAUCGCCAUCCUCCUCAACUCCUACCGCUCCCCGCACAUCUCCUCCAUCCGCGACUCCUACACGCGCUGCUUCACUUCUCUGAGUCAAUCACCCACCUGCCGCUUCGAUCCAAAACUCUCCUUCUUUUAUCCGGCCGACAACUUCUACUGCUGUCCGCAAGGUCCUCACAACAACGACCAGGACGGGUGUAAUGGGUCCGAAUCAGAUGAUGCUUCGUUAUCAUCGGAUUGUUCCAAUGAACUUCUUCGGGGUUCGGAUGAUUCCGAGUCUUCGGAUGGGGGCCCUGGGAGUAAGGCAAGGGCUAAGGCCCGCAGUAGGAGGAUUAAUGAAUUCCUACCUGACCCGGCGGACUUUGACCUGAUCGUUAUCGGAGGGGGGAACGCCGACCCGAGAAAGAGACAUGCGUGGAUAUUGAGGGUGCAUGAGUUCAUACGGCAGACGAGAAGGGAGUGGCCGCGGAAAAAGAUGGUGGGGGUCUGUUGGGGACAUCAGACGCUGGGGAUGGUGAUGGGGAGUGGGGAGGUGGGGGAGAUGGGGAGGCCUGAGCUAGGAGUAACAGACUCAAAACUCACACCCGCUGGGCUACGAUUUUUCAAUGACCGAAUUAAUAACCGAGGACAAAGGCCACCAUCAGCAUCACCAUCAUCAUCACCAUCAUCAACAACAUCAACAUCAGCAUCAACAGCAGAAAAAGAUAAAGGAGAGAACAACGAAAAGAAGAGCUCGCUAAGACUUCAUCAACACCACCGUCGACAACUCGUCUCUACACCACCCAAUUUCCACCAAUUACUCGCCAACAACGAAUGUCUCCUCUCAGACGAUAACAGCGUCUUGACGUUUCAGGGCCAUCCGGAGAAGGAUGCAAAGGCGGCGAAGCUAAAGAUUAGAGACGCGGCGAGGUGGUGGGGUGGGAUUUAA